CCGUUCUUUUUCACAGUAGUGUCGAUGUCUUGUCUUGUUCUAGUAGGUGAAGUACUUGUAGCGUAUGCGUGAAGUGUGAGUUGUGACCACCAACCAACCUCGUCGACCUCGGGAGCCUCCUUCACGGCCUCAGCCUCCGCAUCGAUCUGUGCUGAUGGACCCGUAGACACCCGGGCCUCCUUUAUUGUGCGAGUGUAGAUGUAGAUGAAGUCAUAUGUAUAAAUGGACUGUCCUGGUUCCUACAUUGAUUGAAGUUGAGUGAUUCUGAGCUGAUCGGGUGACAACUACCCUACAUAUCAUGGGCUUCGACCAUUCUAGGCCAUGAGACGUGUGUAACGCCCACUGCCCGUGAUGUCGAAUUCCAUUGAGACGCGCAGUACCUCCGCCCUCUUCAAGAGGGCGGAACAAUUGCGGCGAUGGCAGGAGAGCGACACGAAUCGCGAGCCCAACGAGCCCAAGCGGUCGCGUCUCAUGCCGUUCAUGACCUCGAACUCGAAUGCCGCGCCCACCAGUCACGCCCACACGAACACGACGGGCAAAGGCGGCUCCUCCAUGCGACUCAAAGAGAGUGGGAGUGGGAAGAUGCGGGUGCGAUUCAUGGACGGUUGUGUGUUUCUGGCCGCCUGUGCCGCCGCAGAUAAAGAUGAGGUGGAAAAGCUGACGGAACGUGGAGCCGACAUAGACACGGCCAAUGUGGAUGGACUCACCGCCCUCCAUCAGGCGUGCAUUGAUGACAAUCUGGAAAUGGUAGAAUUUCUUGUUCAAAGAGGCUCGGAUGUUAAUCGUGGUGACAAUGAAGGUUGGACACCUUUGCAUGCCACGGCCUCGUGUGGCUUCAUCAGUAUUGCCAGAUAUCUGAUUGACCACGGAGCCAACGUGUCGGCCGUCAACAACGAUGGAGAGCUGGCGAUUGAUAUCGCAGAGUCGGACGAGAUGGAGAUACUCCUCCAGAAAGAAAUCGACGCUCGAGGGAUCGAUUGUGAUGAUGCUCGGAACACUGAAGAGCGCCUCAUGCUCGAAGAUGCCCGUCAAUGGCUCAAUGCAAAACAGUUCAAGGACACACCUCAUCCGAAAACCGGUGCUACGGCUCUUCAUGUGGCUGCUGCCAAAGGCUACAUCAAAGUCAUGAGUCUAUUGAUCCAAAGUGGAGCGGCUACGAAUGCCCAAGAUUUGGAUGGUUGGACGCCUCUUCAUGCGGCAGCUCAUUGGGCUCAAAGAGAGGCUUGCGAGCUACUCUGUGAGAACUAUGCCAAUAUGGACAUCAAGAACUACGUGGGCCAGACUUGCUUCGAUGUGGCGGAUCCAGACGUGAUCCGCCUCCUGGAGGAACUCAAGAAGAAACAGAACACUUUGCAGAAAGACAGACCUGAAAUCAGAAACCUUAUCAAUAGACCGGCCAUUCCUGCAGGGACUUCUCCAGCUAACACUGGAAAGAGAAGCUCCUUGAAUAACAACACCAUUUCGGCCUAUAACUACAACAGUAACUUAAAUGACAAUGAUAGAUCUUCCAUUACCCGGCUUUCCAUUGACGACAAAGCCUUGCGCUCCAAAGAGGUCUCCACGCAAGAGCGUGAUCUGCUCCUGAAUAAAUCGCCUUUAGUGUCUGAGACCAUUCCAGAAGCUAACCGGGCAUCCGAUAGUGACAAGGAGUCUGAUCCUGAUAAAGGGUCACCCGACGAUUCGUUUGACGACGAUUCGGAUCUGUCAGAAUCGGAAAAGAUUCAUGCCCAGACCAAGGCUGGCUUGAAGGCCGUGUCUAAGCGGAACAGAGCUCUUCAAGAUAUCGCUCCCAAAACGAGUUCGGGCGUUCCUAAAAUCACCUUAAACAAGGAGGAGCAGUCUAAAAAAUCCGCCUCUAUCAACGAUAUCAGCAAAAAGACCGUGGACGAAGCCAACGAUAAUAGCGAUAACUAUCCUUGGCGACGUCCUGCCUCGCUUCGAGCUCGUACAACCAAUACGGGUUCAUCAUCGGUGACAUCCUCCAAAUUGUCUCCUAGUAAGGAAGAAGAAGAUGUUCAAUUACGACGCGUCCACAGCUUUGAAUCCGAUGAGAAAUUCUAUGCUCGUUUGACGGAGCUUCGCAAUCGAAUUCGGGCUACAUCCCUGCCUGUUUUACCCGGCGGAGAAUCUGAAGAAACCAAGACCAACAAGACAAUCGCUUCACAUAGACCUCUUCGAGACGACCUUAAGAACAACAACCAACAACACAAUCAGAAUACAAAUCAAACCUCUAAUAACCCAAGCAACAAGUCGGUGUCAGAUAACAAGUCCUCCUCCUCCUCUUACCUGAGUAAUAGCCUCACGAGUAGUCAUGUCAGCAGCAGUCCGUCCUAUUAUUCAUCUUUACCUCGGAAUCCGUUGAGACAUCUCCCCUCAUUGCCUGAGAAUGUCACCACUCCUACUAGUACCCCAUCGACGACAUCGACGAGUACAUUCAAGGUGCCACUGUCACCCCAGACCUCGCUGAAGGAUCGUCCACCACAAGCCACGCCUACCAUUGUCAGGAAACGACGUGAGGAUCAGCUCACUCGACCCAAGAGUGAUACAAACUUACAGCCACACCAAGUCAGGAGUGAUGACUCGAGUAGUACUGCCAGUAAUAGUAAUGGAAGGGGUUCAGCUCCCUCCACGCCUGAGAUUCUGGCUCAAUUGUCGGCCGCUGAUAAAGCUGGGAUCACGAAUGUCUUCAAGCAGUUCUUCAAAUCAUUUGUGCCUCCCGUCCGGGACGAAGAGUCAGAGACCCAGAGGAAGGCCCACGCCAAGCGGGUCCGCGAAACCCGGCGUUCCACGCAGGGAGUCACUCUCGAGGACCUCAAGUCCGCGGAGCAGCUCGUCAAGAAGAGUAAGCAGCAGGAACAGCAGCAGCGCACAUCGGAAUUGCAGCAAUUGGCAGCCACCACCACCAGUAGCACGAGUGGACCCCUGGGAUCCACGGCCACCACCACAGUGAGCAUCCCCUCCACCACGGCCAACAAGACCAAUAGCAGCAGUUCGACGUCUUCAUCAAACUCCAAUUACACGACCACGGGCGAUGCGGACCGCGCUCAAGAGAGGCGGCCUUCGUGGAGGCUCAAGAUGGAAGGAGGCACGGACCGGAAUAGGUUCCGCCUGGAAGACUCUAGAUCGUCAGGUGAUAACGACGUUUUAGCCGCACUCAGGAAGCCAUCGGCGGGCAAAGGGCCUCCCAACUCCUCUGUGCCGUCCAUAUCACUGACAGACGAACGGGGAGUGAACUCACCCGCGACUGGAUCCGGUUAUUCUCCCAAACCUGCUAUUCAAAGGCGAAAGAAGCCCAAAAGGCGUUCCACGGGCGUCGUCAAACUCGGAGAUCUGGACGAUAAGGAUGAAGACGAGUCGGAUUCCGAGGAUGAGGACGACACGAGUUUGAGCACUGAUGGUGCCAGACAAAGUGGAUCUUCCACUUUGGGAGCCGCAGCCAAAAGCAACUCCAGUCAUAACCAAAAUGGAGCUGAUGUGGAUUACAAAAAGUUGUGGGAAGAGUCACAAAAAGAAAACGGCCGCCUUCGCGAAGAUUUGGACAAGGUCAAGGGCGACCUUACCCACACCAGAAGACAGCUAGAUGGAGCGAAGAACUCGACGAGUGGAUCCAGUGGAACCGGACUUUCGGAUGCAGAAAAACGCGAAAAGAAAGCUUUGGAACGAAAGCUCAGUGAAAUGGAAGAGGAACUUAAACUGCUUGCAUUGUCUGAAAAUCUGACUGAUCAGCAACUGGAACACUUGAAGAAUGAUAACCAACGCCUCAGAGAUGAGAACGGCGCUCUCAUCCGCGUGAUAUCCAAGUUGUCCAAGUGAUUCCUUCCAUUAUCAGUGGGAAUAGAUGGACGUCCCACCACUUUUGAAGUUCAAUGAUGAGAGCUAACAUGAAAAUGCCGCCGAUGCCUGCCAAGGGAACCCGAAGCCACGAACCAACUAAAUGCUGUUCUUUUACGACGAUCGUCCCCAUUUUUAUGUAUUCCCGGGACGAGGUUGAUCGAGUCCAUUAUUCUCGCAUCCGCGUGAUAAACGUGAUGGUGUUGAUGUUAAACGGAAUCUGAAUUCCCAUUCUCCACGACCACGACUUUUGACGAAAUCGCUUUCAAAUAAUUGAUGAUUGAUACCAUGAUGAGUUCAUUAUUACUCAUUUUAUUAUUAUUACUAUUGUCAUUAUCAUCAUCAUCUUCAUCCAUGACUAUUUCAUUGUCUAUCGAUCUACAUAUUUCUCUCUGUCUCCUUCUUUCUUCUCUUCGUCAUUCACCCAGGACAUUCUUGAACAAGAACAAUCAUCUGUUUUCGCCGAGUAUAUUUGAUCCGCACUCUAGUCUGCCCGAUUUGUCUCUGUGGUUGAGAAUCUGGCCCCUUUUUGUCAGCCUUUCGCUUUUCUUCGCCAGUUGAUGGGCUUCCAAGGAUCAUUGGAAUCAGGUCUCUGAUAACAACACUCCCUAGAAAAAGACGAUGGGUCAGAAGAGACGUGUUCCAUCGGCAACGACAUAUUUAUUCUAAAAAAAAAGAGCCUCUCCCCAAACAAUUGUGCCUUAAAAACGGCCCCAUUGGCCGAAAAUGCUCUUUGAUUCCAUAUUGCUAUUCCCACUUCUACUGUCUCUUCCUGCUCCUCUUCUUCCUUGAGUGUCGUUGCUGACCUCAUUUUUGUUCCCAAAAAUCGUUCCAAAUCCCAAGACUUGUUCGUUCGUUCUUCUAUCGUUGUUCCACUCCAUCAAUCUAUAUAUCAACAACACCAUUCAAUAAUCAUAAAAACAACAACCAACUAUUUGUAUGCUUUAUAGUAAUAAUAUUAUUAAUAACAUCGAAAUAAAACAUUGCCGUCAAAAGGUG